AUGGCACACGGAGCCGAGGACUGCGCAACUGUCCUGGAGCAGUUUGUCCACGAUGUGGCUAAUCUUCCAGCUGAGAUCAGCCACCUCAUGGAGGAAAUUCAGGCCAAAGACAAGGUUAUGCAGGAAUGCCGCGCUACUAUCAACUCGCGCGACAGCAGUAUUCAGAAAUUCAUCAAACUGAACGGCAGUUUGACACCGAACCCAAAAGAAGAGCCAUACGCCAAGACUAUCCUACAGAACAUGGACAAAUCCCACGAGCUGCAGAACGAGAAGAUCCAGCUCAGCGAGAAGGCCUGCGUCCUCCUUGAUCGGCAGAUCAAACGACUCGAUGUACGCAUUCGCGAUCUAGUGAACGAAGGCCUCCUCAGCAACGACCCGCCUCUCCCUUCCCUCUUCGACUCAAAAAACAAAUACCGCAACCCACCCAAGAUCUUCCUCCCUGACUCCACCCCCACCGACUCCCCCGCCUAUUCAACACCCCUCAACCCGACUUCCGGAAACGCGAAUCCCAUCCUGGCUGCUGCGCAGCGCUUGAACCAAUCUACAACACCUCGCACCCCCGGCUCCACAGUCCAAGUUGGACAAAUCCCAGCACGCAGCUCCGCACCCGCUACACCCGCUGCUGCCGCCGUCGUGCACCUCCAGCAACGCCAACGUGAAUCCUCUGCCGGGGCAGUGGACAGCAAGCGCCGCCGCUUGAAUCCCUCUUCCAACACCCUCCCUGUAGCCUCGUCGAACCUGCGCCAAACUUCCACGGGGCCUGGUACACCGAAGCCUGGUACACCGGCUGGCAGCCGUGCAGGCAGUGUUGGCCCCCGUGCUAGUAUCGGCGUCAAGAAAGCCCUGACCAAGAAGGUCGCGCCACACCAGCAAGUCAAGAAGCUAAAGACUGCCAGCGGGAAACCCAUCAAACGUUCUUCCAGUGCUAGUGGUCGCAUCAAGUCUUCGAAGAAAUCUCCCAACGGAGAAGGCGAUGAGGAUGAUGACUCCAUGCUCAGCAGUGCUGAUACAUCGGACUCUGAUAAGAGUGACGGUGCUGCUGAUGAUGAUGUCGAGGACGAGGAUGAGGAUGAGGGUAAUGAGGAUUCGAAGGUCUAUUGUACCUGUCGCACUGUCAGCCAUGGGGAUAUGGUGGCCUGCGACAACGAUGAGUGUCCCUAUGAGUGGUUCCACUGGAAGUGUGUUGGCUUGACACGCGAGCCGGUUGGGACUUGGUACUGUGAUGAGUGCAGACGGACUCUGGGCAAAUGA